AAUGUGUUUUUGUAUUUUACUUUUAUAUCCAUAUAGUAAAAAGCUCAGUCUAAGAAGAAAGAGAAAUAAAGGAAAUAAUAAUAAAAAACACAGCUCUCUGCACUCCAGUAAGCCUCUAACGAUCUAUUCAGUCUAAUUAAAACCAAAUAUCUCCACAAAUUCACUUAAAACUCACAUUAUGUCAUAAAACUCUGACCAACUCCAUAUAACCCUAAUCUGUAACACACCCCUAUAUAAUUGGAGUUCAGCGUAAACUGGGCAUUGGUGCACAAGGGUUUAACCAUUCAGUGUUGUAGAAGGCGUAGUGAGGCUUGCACGUAGCUUCUCGCCCCGGUCUCCCCUCGAAAGUUUCACGAGUUUUGGAUUUUGACUUUGGUGGAGUGAGUUGUGGUGAAGUUUUGUUGCUUUGACAAUGUCAAGCACAACGCGGCUGGCGGCGGCGGUGCUGCUCCUGGCGCUCGUGUCGGCGUGCGCGGCGCUGAAGUGCUGGCAAUGCGGACAAUACAGCGACGGCGUUGGCUCCAUCACGCCGUGCGCGAAUCGCAGCGCGGCGCGCUUAGACAACUGCCCUAAUAACGCCAGAUACUGUAUCAAAUAUGUGAGCGAGUUGACAGUGGUCCGGGACUGUGUUCCUACUUGCAGUGAAAAAGAAUGGUGGGGCGCCCGCACGUUCUGCUGCGACACCGACGAGUGUAACUCGGCGCCCGCGCACACGUCUCUCCUAGCCGCCGUGUGCGCAGGAGUGGCCAUACUGUACGCCGCGCGCUGACCGCACAGCUAAGCCUUUCUGAUGCCACGGCUCCUGAUCCUGAUCAAGCCUUGCGGUACUCAGAUUUUAAAAUGUAUUAUCCUCAAGGGCCACUUGCACCAUUCUACCAGGGUUAACCUGUUAAACCGUUAACCCAGUCUCAAUUUGUACUGGUAACCAUGGAAACUCUAGGUUUAACCGGUUAACCACGGGUUAGUGGAAUGGUGCAAGUGGUGCUUAGCCGCCCAGGCAUCAAACCUUAAGAUAAAUGCAUGCUUUUAGUUCGAUGCGAACUUUAAUAUAACUCAAAUUUUAGAUCUAGUUAAGUUAUGGAUCGGACAUGUCAGUAUUAAAAGAAACGUUUCUUCGAACAAAAACGUCACUUUUGACACUGACAUAUCCGAUCCACAUCGUAUCCAGACUUAAUAUUUGAGGUAUAUUAAGGUUCAAAUCGGGCCGCUUGUCAAAGUAAAGAUUCGAAAUAGAAUAGAAUUGAAGACUUUUUAUAGGCUUCUGGGUUGCUAAAAUUAAAGUACCUACUUGGCAAUUUCUUGCCCUCAUUAGUGCGCGCGACACUGUGAGUCAUAUAACUCGUGUUAUCAGUCAUUUUGCGUGUACUAAUAAGUGCAGUUUCAAGGUUAUAAUUUAUCAUAACAAUACCGUACACUCGGGUUAUACUUGGCCUAGGGGACAUCAUUGCCCACUCAGGAAAUUCUAUUGUAUUUAAUUUAGGCUACUUGCUGGUGCAAGAAACCAGGGUUAGCCGUUCGUUGCAGGAUUGCAGGGUUAGGGGCUCGGAGUUAACCGUUAACUCCGAGGUAAAUGUAUUGGUAACUCCGGGUUUAACCGGUUAAUCCCGAGUUAGUGGCUAACCCUGGAUGGGUCUCCCGAGAGAGGGUAUCUUGCUCACCUCCUCGUCACCCCCGCACACAAACUGCGCAAAUCGAAAGGUCAGUGUACGGCGUCGGCCUGUCAGUGUACAACAGACUAACGGACGAAAUAAAAAAGGAUGCAGCUUCUGCGGUGGACUUUAAGCUAAAAUUGCGCAAGUGGCUUCUUAGCCAUGCAUUCUAUUCCAUAGACGAGUUCUUCGAGCUCCCUAACAUAUAAAUAUUAUGAUAUUCUACGGCCCGAUUCGAAGAAUAAAAUAAGAUAACGAUAAGUUCUGGUUUAGAUAAGUCCUCAUUUAGAUAUCGUUUGUAUGUCGUAUAAUUGACAGAAGCAGCUCUAUUCGGGCAACCAAUGUCACUUAGACGUUAGAAAUAGCUUAGAUAGAUCUUAUUGAGAUCACAGCGGAAUCGGAAUAAACGUCAAUUUUGACAUGUCGUUUAGUUAUCGAUCGUUUAAAGAUCUUUCCAAGAUCUUAAACGUGUCUUAAUUAUUAUUCGAAUCGGGCCGCUACUUACCUUUAUAAAGCAUAGAUACUUAAAUUAUAUUAAACCAAUUAGAAUGUGUUAAAUGUGUAAUAAUUAAAUUGAAUAUGUACUUAGGUACAGUCAGCGUCAAAUACUUUGUAGCAGUCAAAGUGGCCAAAUAGUUCGGUACACCAAACUAAAUAUAUGGUGUACCGAACUAUUUGGCUACUUUGGUUGCUACAAAGUAUUUGACGCUGACUGUACAUAUUAUGAUUAGUCAUGACAUGUAACUUGGCGUUAUAAAUGAAUUAUUUGUAUUUGUAUUUUGUAUUUGAUGGAGCAAGUGGCCCUUAAUAAAUUUUAUGGGUGGCUAAUAUUACCCUUUUGGGCUAAUGUAACCCGAGUUUACGGUAUCUAUCAAAACUAUGUUUAAAAUCUGUAUACUGCUCUUGGUCCUUAUUUGACUCUGUCCAAAAAACAUAUUAUGGUCUGAAGUGCAAUAGAAUAUAUACCCACAAGUAUCUAAAAGAGAAGUAAAUAAAGACAAAUAAGAUUGUGCUAACUGUCAAUAUACCUUAUGUACCUAUUGACAGAAAUACCUUAUGUAGUGAAAAAACUUUUAGGUACUAAAUAAAUUUUUUGACUUUUUUUUUCUUUUAUGUUAAUUAUAUACAAAUAUAUGUACAUUUAAAAUACAUUAUCAAUUUCUAUCUAAAAUGCGCUUAAAAAAAUUACAAUUAAAUAAAAACUAACUUAAACCAGGCGGAACGGUGCCCAUAAUGCUGGAAACGUUCUGGCAUUGCCGAAUCUUUGGUCAAGGAAUGAACCAGCUGUCUGUGGUGUCGAGGAGCAUCUUCUUUAGAUCUUCAACUAAACGACGGGCAUCCCAACACAAGGUCCUAAAGUUUCAACCGCAAACGCCGCAAAUAUGUGGUUGCUUGACAGACCCGCAUACUUGCAGAUACUAAAAUUAUAUUAAAACAUAUAGAAAUACUUAAACAAUCUUUCAAGCAACCACAUAUUUGCGGCGCUUUAGACUAAUACUACUAAAUUAACUAUUCAUUUAAAAAAUAUAUAUUAAAUACCAAUAAAUUAAACUGAUUCUACCGAUUUCACUCACGUGCGACGCGUGUGUGUGUCACUUGUGUGUGAUCCGUAGAAUUAGUUUAAUGUUAGUAUAAUUUACGACAGUUUAAUUUAGAUUACUAAUAAGUUUGUGUUUUCUCUCAUUUCAAUGAAAUAUAAUAUUACGAAGUAAUAUAAUUAUAAUCAGAAAAUAUUAGAUUUUAUCUUAUUAUUUUGCUUUGCUUUAAAUUAUUUGGUGUUAAAGGAAGCUUAAAGCAUGAGUAUGCAAAAGGGAAUUUAUGUUAUGAAAACAAUUUAAUUUCCUUAUAAAAGUAAUCAGAGCGUGAAAUCGGCACGAUCAAAAGGAACAUUUUAUCUAUAUUAGAAUUUUGAAUGUUUCAAACAAAUGAAAGCGGAAAUAACUUUCCACGAAUAAAUUUAUUGGUUUUUUAACUUAAAAAUCACGUCUCUCACAUUAUACCUAUCUAAGCUAACAACUCUAGAAAAGUCGCAAUAAAAAAAUAAAAAUAUUGUCAAAACUUUAGCUGAAUCACGUAUACAUAAUAAAAAUAUGGAAAAUACAGAUCUUUAGUUAGUCAAUACUGAAGAAAUAGAUACUAAGUAUAUAGUAUUAAAGUGUGGUUGAUAUAAUUAAGACCAUGCAAGAAUAAAAUAACAAUAAAAAAAUCCUACUUCGUAAGAAAUUAGAACCAAAAGGACAAAAUAAAACGGAGAAAUUGCAAAUACGUUGUAAAAUAUGACUAACGUUUGAAAAAAAAUUCAACGAUUAAUAUCCUAACAACACUUUAUUACAUAAAACUAUUCUAACUAAAAUUGUUAUUUGUAAAUAGUAUUCACAAACGCUUUUAAAUAGUUAUUAUCACAAAUUAUUGAUUUAUAAUAAUAACAUAUUUUAUUAUUAACUAAGAAAUAUCAUUCUUGUCUCUUGAAAUCUCACGCGUUUGAAUUUUGUGCAAAACUAAAAAAUGCGUAGGUACGGAUAGUAUUUAUAUGUAGGUAAUUUAUAUGACAUCGAGUCGUCAUAUUAAAAUACAUAUUUUAGAGGUCGUUUAAUAUAAUGAAACGUAGUAGUUAUAACUAAUGUUAAGUAUCUAUAAUACAUUUAAAAUCGCCGAACGUUAAUUAAAAUUGACCAAUAACCAUUACAAAUUGAACCGUAACAUGUAACGGACGGUUACAGUUUACGGUUACCAUUACAAAUUGAACCGUAAAAUGUAACGGACGGUUACAGUUUACGGUUCAAUUUGUAAUGGUUAAUAACCUAGUCUCGGUUGACAUUUUUAACAAUAGUCGUGCAGAUUUCACACUUAAAGUAAAUUUACUGUUAUGAAGCAUUACGUACUUCCUCAAAGUUCAUCUUAAUUUAACUAGGCACUUUUGGCCCAAUACAAACUUAGUCUUAUAUUUAACAUCAUAUAUGUAGUCCCUCGUUUCGCUUUUUGAAUGUUAUAUGUUUGAAUCUUGUCAGCACUGUAACUACUAAUAUUUAUCGUCAGUGUAAUAAUAUCAGGUUAGUACCUAUUUUACCUAACAUUUUAUACCUCAACCCGAAGACAAUGCCACUUAUAUAUUAUUAGUUUAUAAAUCUUAAUGGGAAUUGUCUCAGGAUGUAGGUUGCACUUAUAAUGUAAAAACCAAUAUCCUCUUUUCUAUAUCAUCUGCCUAUAUCUGUUUUUUCCCCAAUAAAGAAAAAAAAAUAGUCAAUUCUAAUUAACGUUCGCCCGACACUGAUACAUACAUUAAAUUCUGGAUAUUGCCUUCAAUGGAAGUUUUUGGAUAAUGUCUGCAUUUUUAUGAUUUAUAGAACAUUAGCAAUAUAGAACAUUGGCAAUAUUUUUUAAAUUACAACCUGAAGAAAACCUCAAAAAAUAUUUUUCACGUCGAAGCGCGCAAAAAAAGAGAAGCAUAGAGCUUGUGAUAAAUAGAUAUUUUUUUUACAAGCGGGCAAAGUUGUUGUAUAACCGCUCGUGCUAAUAUUGAUACCCCAGCGUAGCGAGUGGCUUAAAAAGUGGAAUUUGAAUGUUGCGAGGGUUUCAAGGCAUGAGAGUGAAACAAAUUUUGCCACGGAGUGAAACAAAUUUUUCACCACACCAUCGCGAGGAAGGUACCUACUAACUGUAAAAUAUCAAACAAAAUCAAACCCAAAUGAACGUCAUUAAAUAUUUAUCAGUCAAAAUCAUCAUUUAAAAGUCAAUUCAACCAGUUAACAUCAGGAAACAUUUGAAAAUUUGCAUCAGAUUACUUUGCCACAAUAUGUGGAUAAAAUGCAACUUUCUCAUCAGUUUUUGAACAAUUAAGGGAGCAUUUACCAGUUGGUGUGGUGAAAAAUACUUUAGCGAGCUUCAUCGUCAAAAUAUUACUGAAGGUGAUAUUGAAAAUAAAAAUGAACCUGUUUGUGCUUUCAUGCACGCUAGUAUUUAGUACAAAGCGCUUUAUUCCUAGAAAUAGUGUUAUUACUAAGUAAUAAUUUAAAAAACAAACAGAUUUACCAAAAAACUCUGACUAUUAAAGUUAAAUAUGUUUGCGAAACAAUAAUCAGUACUAAAACUACUAUCAAUAUAUAUCGAAGAAACUAUUCUAACAGUGCCUAGACUCAAUACGAAUCCCGGGUUCAAAUCUGACCCUAUGAAGCAAAAAUAUUUGAAGUACAAAAUAUCCCAAACUCUUUGAGUCUAGUAUUUUUUUUUUCAAUUUCGUUUAACAUGUAAAACUAAACACGCAUAGACGUAGACGUAGGGGCGAAGACCGCCAGGCUGAAGUGGGACUGGGCGGGUCACGUGUCUGCCGCAUGCAUCCGGAUAGGUGGGCUGGUAUAGCCACCAAGUGGAUGCCGCAAGUGAAGCGUGGAUGUGGCAGGCCCAAAGGCGGGAUGACUUAGACAACUUCAUCAGUAACUGGCCAGAAAUAGCACAACAUCGGGAGCUGUGGAGAUGACCGGGAGAGGCCUUCGCAGUGGGACACUAUAUUGGGUAAAAUAUACAUAUAUAUACAUAACCCUCAGUUACACACGUACACAGUGUGUCCCUAGCCAUUGGACAAAGCCGAAAUGUACAUAUGCAUUAGAGUAUUUACAACCAGUAUACAAAGUACUAUAACAACCGGUGUAGCGGUUUCGAAGAAAUUAACAAAUUACCAUUUUUUUUUGGAGCAGCCUGUAUGUGUUAGUAGCUCCUAAGGUAAUAUACUCAAAGAAUAGUAUGGAACCUUCUUCGACCUUUUUGAUUAUCUUUUUUUUAUUUAUGACACUAAUAAGCUUCUGACUUUUGAAAAAUGUCAUCAUUAUCAAAUAUUUCGAACAAAUUGUCAAAAACACUCCUUUUUGUUGUCGAUUAUUGCAAAUAUCUUUUGUUCGAAAAAAAUAUUUUAUUAUCUUUUGUUCUAUUUAAAAAAAUAUUAACGUCAGAGCAUUCCUGAGAAGUAACCCUACGUGGAAUUUCAGGGUUUGUCCAAUGGCUAUAAGGUCACCAUAGGGUGACCAUAGGGUGGGUCUAUAUAGUAUAGACACAUAUUCGUAGAGACAAAGCUGUAUGUCCAAUCGGUGCAAAUUAAUUUCUUUGACGAAAAUAAUUGAAAACUGUAAUAUUUUGGGAUAUUUUCUACUCUCGGUUCGUAUUCUGUCUUCCAUGAUUCAAAACUAGUGUAACAGCAAUAAUCGUUAAGGUCUCAGCUGCUGCAAGAUUAGUUGCCAAUUUAUUUUAAUAGCCUGGUUGUUUACUAACUAGAUAAAUGGCUGGUGAUAACACAACAACCACACCAUUCAAUGUUGAUGUUUAUUAAGGUUAACAUCGUAGAGUUCGGCAUAACAAUAACCCCGAUUCAGAAUUAAGGUAUAUUUGGCUGAAUCAAUUUUUUUUGUCAGCAAAAUUUGACCUAAAUAAAUAAUAAUAAUUCAGCCUAUAUACGUCCCACUGCUGGGCACAGGCUUCCUCUCAUGUGCGAGAGGGCUCGGGCUAUAGUCCCCACGCUAGCCCAAUGCGGAUUGGGACUUCACAUAUACCUUUGAAUUUCUUCGCAGAUGAAUAAAUUUGACCUACUUUGACUAAAAGUGAUAAAAAAAAAUUAGGUAAUUAUGUUUUUUAUUAUUAUAUAAAAACAGAUAAGCAACCUAUGUUAUGCAAUAUUUUUAUCAUGAUUUGAUAUUUAAAACUUGUUUAAGAGCAGUGACUCAGGGGACAAAGCUGUUCUACACUUUUGAAAAUAAGGGUUCCACCACAGAGUCACCCAAGGUUUUUAAUUAAAAUUUGACGUAUUUUUAUUUCUGCCGGUCCUGGCAUAUAUAUUAAGGAUCUUGUUUAAUGUUGACCAUGUUAAAACUUACAAAAGUUGAACUAAUAAUGAUUCAGGGCAAUUCUUGCAAAAGACAAGAAAAAGUUGAUUCACCCAUUUACUCAAAAUGGCGUGGGGUUUAUAAAAAUUGGCAACUUUUGUUGCUAGGAAUAUUGGCUAAGAGCUAGGUAGUUAACGUUUAAAAAGCUUUCAUUGGUUGAAAAUUGUUGAAAAUUGAACAGGUUUAAAAAAAAUUGUGUAAUUUUAACAGAAAAUACUUUAAUUUCCGUUUAUAUUUUUAAUUACAGCAUCUUCUAAAUUUCCUGCUACCUAAAGGUUGUCUGGAAAAGAUCGCUUUUUAGCGAUAAGACCGCCUGUUGUUAUCUGGUCCUAUUAUCCUUUAAAAUUCAUUUGUAGUUUUACAUGUAUGUAAAAUGUAUAAUUUUUGGUGCAAUAAAGAAUAUUUACUUACUUCGGAAUCCUAAAAAUACGAAUACAUUUCUAUUUUGUAUUUUUUUUUAUAAUUGUCAUAUUUUUUCGCACUUUAUACAAGAACAAUUCUCAAACAAAGUAAGCUAAAAUCAUUAUUAAUAUAAUUAAUGAAGUAACAUUCUAACGAACGCUUUAUAAUAAUUUAUAAUUUAUCACUUAUUGACAUCAAAAGCUGAAAUAUUCUAAAUUAUCGUAAAAUAUUAGUAGGAAAUAGGAAGUAAUUAAGGAUAAGAUAAAUAAGUUUAUUUAAAAUUAAAUGCUUAAAUAUUUUCGCAGAGAAAAUGUAAUGAAAAAGACGCAAAGAAGUAUAUCCGUUUUUAUAAUUAUACCGUUUUUCUUUAAUUAUCGAAAUUUACUCGUUUUAAUUUAUAUAAACUGUUGUUAGAGGAAAAGAACUAAUUAUUUUUUUCUGGCUAAAAUAAUGCAUUUAAAAAAUCAAGGAUUAAAAAAACACUUUCAAAUGAUAUACAGUUCCACUUUGGAUUUGUUUUAGGCAUAUUACACAAUUGUCUACUUGCUAGAGAGAAUCCAGUUUGUUUAUGUAAGUGAAAAAUAUUUGUGAUUCACCAAUUAAGUACUGUUUUCAAAUUUGUCCAAUUUUAUUAUAAAAUGUGACUUUUUACGGGUAAAGGUACCUGAUGGCGGUUGGUGCACAUGCAGCGCAUUAGUAUUGGAGCGUAGUUAAUAACAGCGUCGAUCGAAGAGUUGGUGGCCGAGCCCAAUAUCAUCGGCGUAACUAAAUCCCACAGACUUCGCUGGCUCGGUCACCUACUCAGAAUGGGGGAGGAUCGCGUAGUCAAGGAAGCGUACUUGAGGCAACCAACCGGCCGUCGACCGAU